GAAGCCAGGAGGGGGAAAAUUCCCUGAAAGACCAAAAAAAAGCAGAAAGGAAACGAAAAUGUUCGUCGCCGACGACGACUCAGUUCAGAUUGUUCGGCUUCUUGACCAGACGCUUACUUCCAUCGAUGGCGGUUCUGUCCUCGAGGCGACGGAGGCUCUGGAUCGACUGUCUACGGAGCUCCCUCACUUCCCUUUUCGUCUUCUCUCCAUCGCUUCCGGAGGUGAAAAUCCAAGUCAUAGAGUUGCUGCUGCGACAUAUCUCAAGAAUUUUACCAGAAAGAGCACCGGGACUGGAGGGACCAUCUCAGAAGUCAGCAAGGAGUUUAAGGAUCAGCUCCUCCGAGCUUUGCUUCAGGCAGAGCCUGCACUUCUUAAAGUUCUACUGGAACUGUUCCACAUUGUUGUUGUGUCAGAAUUUGUGAAGAAAAAUGCCUGGCCUGAACUUGUACUGGAGCUGCGUGCUGCUAUCGAGCAGAGCAGUUUAAUAAGCAGUUCAGACUCUAGGUGGAGUACUGUGAACGCUCUGAUGGUAUUGCUCACAGCUGUAAAGCCUUUUCAGUACUUCUUGCAACCAAAACUUGCUACGGAGCCAGUACCAGAGCAGCUCGAGAGUAUCACGAAUGAAAUUCUUGUACCCUUGAUAUCAGUAUUCCAUCGUCUCGUUGACAAGCAGGCUUUGGCUACACAUGAAUGGGGUGAACUGGAAAUGGAAAAGACACUCCACAUCAUGUGCAAAUGCCUAUACUUUUCAGUGAAGUCCCAUAUGCCAUCUGCUAUGUCACCUCUGCUCGGUUCCUUCUGUCGGGAUAUGAUCAGAAUUCUGGAUACCUUGAGUUUUGAUUGGAGUGUUAAUCCUUCCGAUGGGUACUUGAUAAGGUUGAAAGCUGGAAAAAGAAGUUUGCUCCUCUUUGGCACACUUGUCAGCAGACAUAGAAAAUACUCUGACAAGUUGGUGCCGGAGAUAGUAAACUGCUCAAUGAAGAUUGUCAAACAUAGCUCAAACAUCAGUAAGCUCGGAUGCCUAACUGAGAGAAUUAUAUCACUUGCUUUUGAUGUGAUUUCACGCGUUAUGGAAAUUGGCCCUGGAUGGAGAUUACUUUCUCCCCAUUUUUCUUUUUUGUUGGACUCCGCAAUCUUUCCAGCCCUGGUGCUGAAUGAAAGGGACAUAUCUGAGUGGGAAGAAGAUGCAGAUGAAUUCGUUAGAAAAAACCUUCCUUCUGAACUAGAAGAAAUUUCUGGGUGGAGGGAGGACUUGUUUACUGCCAGGAAAAGUGCUAUGAACUUGCUUGGUGUUCUUGCCAUGUCAAAGGGACCACCAGUGUCUUCUACAAAUAAAGCUUCCUCAGCGGCAUGUAAGCGGAAGAAAGGUGAAAAGAACAGAAGAAAUAACGAAAGAUGUUCCAUGGGGGAUCUACUAGUGCUUCCAUUUUUGUCAAAGUUUCAUGUGCCUUCAAAGAGUAACAUAGUGGAUGCUCGUACUUCAGCAGCCUAUUUUGGUGUCCUAAUGGCAUAUGGUGGCCUGCAAGAGUUUAUCCAAGAACAAAAUCCUGAGUAUGUGGCAUCGUUUGUCCGUACCCGCGUGCUACCGAUUUAUUCUACACCUGAUUGCUCACCUUACUUGGUUGCAUCUGCAAAUUGGGUACUUGGAGAGCUUGCGUCCUGCCUACCUGAGGAGAUGAAUGCAGAUGUUUUUUCGUCCCUGCUGAAGGCAUUAGCAAUGCCAGAUCAGGUGGAGAUCUCUUGCUACCCAGUGCGUGUUUCAGCUGCUGGUGGAAUAGGUUCACUACUUGAAAAUGAGUACCAACCACCUGAAUGGUUGCCGCUUCUUCAGAUUAUUAUUGGUAGGAUUGGCAAAGAGGAGGAAGAAGAUAGCAUUUUGUUUCAGCUUCUCAGAUCUGUGGUCGAGUCAGGAAGUCAAGAUAUCGCCAUGCAUAUUCCGUACAUCCUAUCCUCCCUAGUUAGUAAUAUGCUGAAGUUUAUGCAUCCUAGUGAAGAUCCAUGGUCUCAGGCUAUUCUGGGUGGCCUUGAGGCAUUAGCAGCAAUGGCUCAAACUUACGAGAGCUCCAAGCCUGAAACAGAUGAAGAGAAAAAUCAAGCCACUGAAAUAUGGCUAAACGGUCAAGGCACCAUCAGCAAAGCUUUGUCAGAAGUUUUACAGCACGCAUGGCUGGCAACAGAUGUGCCUCCUACUUCAUGCAUAGAUCAUUUGUCGACGAUGUUGCGGUUCAUUGUGCUUGCUUCUACUAACUGCAAUAUAGUCGUGGAGCUCAGAUUAAACGAAAUACUCGUAGUUUGGGCUGAUCUUCUUGCUAGCUGGAAUGGUUGGGAAGAGUCGGAGGACUUGUCCGUUUUUGACUGCAUAGAAGAAGUUGUGGGAGUAAACAACAAAUAUGGUUUUAGGAGUUUCCUUUCCAGAGAUAUGCCAUCCCCUCCAGCCAUGCCAGUCCGUCCACGAUCUGUUGUUGAAUCCAUUGGUUCGUUUGUCAGCAAAGCGAUACUUGAGUACCCGUCUGCCACAAGGAGGGCUUGUUCUUGUGUCCACUCGUUAUUACAUGUGCCAGACUACUCAUCUGACAUUGAAGGAGUAGGGAAAUCAUUAGCGGUUGUCUUCAGUGAAGCGGCCUUUUCUCAUUUUCUAGAAUUGCGUGAGGAACCUUGUUCUUUGUGGAGGCCUCUUUUGCUGGCAAUAUCAUCAUGCUAUAUCUCCUAUUCGGAUAUUGUGGAAGGCGUUCUAGAGAAAGUGAUAUCUGGAGGUUUCGAGUUAUGGGUAUCUUCAUUGGCAUUUUCAUAUUCGCUUACGAUUGAUGCCAGUCCAUCAAUAGCAUCAGAACUAAAGCUAUAUGUGUUGACGUUAGUAAAGGUGAUCGAGCAGCUUUUAGAUGUAAGGCAUGAGAAUGCAACUGAUGAUUUGGCAAGGAAGUGCUUUGUUUCAUUGAUGGAUGCUUCUCGGAGGCUAGAGGAAUUGAACGAAGUUACAGAGGAUGAUGAAGAUGAUGGAGAAUCCGAAGAAGAAGAGGCAGAGUCUGAUGAAAGUGAUUCAAAUGACGAGGAUUCUGAGAGCGAUGAGUGUGACGAAACUGAGGAAGAAUUUCUGGAAAGGUAUGCUAAAGCUGCUGCAGCAUUGGAGGAUGGUGAAGUUAUUGAAGAGGCGGAUGAAGAAGAUGAUGAGCGUGAGAUUGAUUUGGGUUGUCUGAAUGAAAUCGAUCCGCAGAAACUGGUUGUAUCAUUAAUGGAGAAGCAUCACCAGAAAGUAUUAAAACUUGUACCCUCUGAAGUGAUCUCAACCUUUCUAAAUGCUUUUCCUGUAUAUACCAGUUUCUUCUCUGAAGUGCACUAAACAUUAGACUACACUCGUCCAUGUUUUUGGUGAGACUUUUGACUUUUUGAGGCAUUGAAACAGUUUUCGAAUGAUCUAAUAUUCUCGGGCACAACCUUAGAUUCUCUGAAUUCUCUGAUACUGAUCAUGAUUUUAUCCCGAUGCAUAUAAGAUUCCCCUCUAUAGAAUCUUAGACAUACAUGUAAUAACAGAAAUAAUUAUUUUACUGUUCAUACCAUGAAUAUGUGACUAAUUAAGAUUUUAGAAAAA